CGAUUUUUUCCCUCAGUAUCCUUGCUGUUUUCUUGUAGUGCAUUACUCACGAUUGGAUCCUUGCUGGUGUUCAACCAAGCACUGAUCAGCACAAUGUCUUUUUUGGUUGUCCACUUUCGCUUUGACGCAGGUUUAGGAACCUCAGAACACCCUAAGUCUAUUGUUUGACUGCUCUGGGAAGCUAGUAGGUUAACCAACCCGGGAGAGUUAAGGGAAAAAGGAUCCAUUUUGAUUUUUGAUAAAUGGGUUUAAAAUUUGGUUUGUGUUUUCAGAUGUGGAUUGCCUAUGAUUUUAAUCUAGUUUUGGCUUUGAAAGGACAAAAAAUUAAACAUACUCUAACUACCAAACAUUGAUUAAAGUUAAUUAGACAACAACUACUACACAGAGAGCAUUCAAUAAACAUCAAAUCAGUUUUUAAAACUCAACCAUUCAUUACGCAACCAACCAAAACACAACUACACGGAUUUGAAACUCAACCAUUCAUUAACAUUCAUUACGCAACUACCUAGUUCAGUUCAAUUUCAACUCUACCUAGCACUCGAACUAAUUAAGCUUCAGUGUUACCUUUUGUUUUCAGUCGAAGCAGAGCUUCUCCAAGUCCGCGACCUGCACAGAGAGGUUAUAAACCUGCCCAGUGAGGUUAUCAACCUCCUGAUUGAGAGCUUUAACCUCUGCCUGGACAUGGAAACAACAAUCACACUUUCUUAGUCAGUUAAUAAAAAAUGAAGGAAGAUAUUACAAAUUUAAAACAAAAUUUUGGAAGUCACUUUACCUCCAGUCUCUCAAUCUGAUUAUUGACCUCCGACACCCACUUGAUCACCAGCUCAACCUCCUCCACACGCUCAGUGAGGCGUUCGAUAUGCUCUUGGACACCAAUCACCCAAGGCUGACGAUAAUGAAACCCAUCAGCCUUGUUAACAACAAAAACACAUAUGAGAAUCUCGUUUGAAAAAAAAAAUAAAUGGAAAGAAUUUAAUUGAUAAGAAGCGCUUACCUCGUACUUUUUGCAGGUGAAGAACCGCUUCCCAGGAAGGGUGUCAUAGUCGUCCUUCCCCCGAACCUCGUCAAUGAUUCUCCCACCACAGGGACACCUUGUCGGAAUCUCGUAUUCUGAAUCAGCCACGUAUCCUUGCAUAUUGAUGAACUCCUUUUGCCUCUUUGUCUCUCUUCUCUCUUCUGCGGGAUUCAUCUGUACUAGAAAAAGCAAAGAUUAGAACACAAUCAACGCUUAAUCGAAACUAGAAACUCGAUUUCGAACCCUAACUAGAAACCCCCAAAUUAAUUUCAAAUCCCCGAUAAACGAACCCUAAAUGGAACCCGCAUGACGAUUUCAAACCAUAAAUCGAAACCCCCGUAUCGAUUUUGAACCCUACAUCGAAACCCCCAAAUCGAUUUUCAUUAACCGAGAACGCUUUCGAGCCCAAGUCGAUUCAAUCAAACCGUCAAAGUAGUCGAUACUGACCUGAGAUCGUCUAGGAGAGAGUCCGACGUCGAUUAGAUCGAGAAAAUCUUCGGCUGUCGCGUCGCACGAGAAAUCGCCUCCGAGAGAAAGAAACCCUAGCUUUGGAAAAUAGAAGAGAAAAUGAUUCCUCUCACGCGAAACCCUAUUUUUUUCGCAUUCGACGCGAUAACGCGUAGCCACUGCCUAUUCGACGCGUGGCUUGAACCCGUAUCAUACGGGUUCACUCGCAAGAACCGGAUCACCGAUUUAAACUCAUUUAAUCUUUUCUUUCUAAUUUUUGGGCCUAUGAACCCAAGCCCAUGAACCUCUUUAAAACCGCUGAUGUGGAUGCUAUUAUCCAACUUGAAUGGAAUCAAUUGGUGUAUAUAAUGUAUUAUUUUUUACUAGAAGUAAGUACACAUUAGAAAUGCAUAGAGUACUGGGCCAACUAAAGAGUAUUUACAUGUAAUUAAUUGGGCGGCAAGCGGGAGGAAGGAAAGUCAACCACGACAGGAUUGCUUUCCAAGUAAGCUAAAAACUUAAAACAUAGUACAAGAGAAGAGUUUCAGAAUCUAUCAAAUACGAUCUGAAAAGUAUUUUUAAGAUUCUGAGUUUAGUUUUGUCUGACCACUGAAAUUAAAAGAAGAGAAACAAGGAUGAACAAGGCGACUGAGAUUGUGGUUAGUGCUGUUGCGGGAGCUUUUGCCUCUGAGGUGCUGAAACUUGCGAUUGGAGAGGCGAAGCUGGUGUUUGCUUUCGGCUAUGUGUCUAAGGAGCUCGCAUCGACCAUGGAGGAUUUGCUUCCGAUAGUCACAGAGGUCGAAUCGAUGCAAGACGUUGGGGAACUAAAGACGCUGAAGGAUACUAUCGACAAAGCUCGUGUGGUGGUUGAGGAGUGUAAAAGCGUCAAGAAGUGGGAGAUACACUUAAAACAUUAUUAUACAAGAAGAGUUUAUAAAAUCAACAAGAAGAUGCUCGACUUCUGUUAGGUUCAACUACCGCUAAUUCUGCUUAGGAACCAAGGGAAGCACUCUCUUACGCUUGAAGCCAUUAAUAUCUGUAUCCGAACCAUCUGUAACAGGAUCGAUCUUAUGGAUGUUCGCCCGCGCGUUUACACAAACCUUUGUCCAGUUCCCAAGAUUGAUGAUAAGGUUCAUGUUGGACUGGAUUGGCCAUUGAUGAAGCUUAAAAUGAAGGUCCUCUGGUGUCUGCUUUCCCUGGAUGCGGAAAGACCACCCACGUUACUCAUCUUUGAAUGAAAAAGAUGCUAAAGCCCUUCUCGUUCACGUUGCACCGCGGCCUUAUAACGCGCCUCAAGCUGAGUAUGAAGAAGUUCUCCGAAAGAUAUUGAAACGUUGCAAUGGACUCCCACUACUAAUUGAAGUACUUGGCGUUCCACUUAAAGGAAAACCUCUCUAUUAUUGGAAAGGGCAGGUGGAAAGCUGGUCUGAAAAAGAAACAAAUCUCGAUGGUGUGCUAAAACUUCUGCAGCCUAGCUUCACUGCCCUGGAACCUCAUCUUAAAGAGUGUUUCAUGGACAUGGGUUCGUUUCUGGAGGACCAAAAGAUACGUGCUUCCGUUAUAAUUGACAUAUGGGUGGAACUAUAUGGUAAAAGUCCUACUAGUAGUAGUCUCGCAUACAUGAAAUACCUCGAUGACCUUGCUUCCCAGAACCUGCUUAAACUUAUUCCUCUCGGGAGAAAAGAGCAUGAAGAUGGUUUCUACAAUGAGCUCCUAGUCACUCAACAUGAUGUCCUGAGGGAGCUUGCUAUCCAUCAAAGCAAACAAGAAGCAGUCCUGGAAAGAAAAAGACACAGUUUGGUGAUACAAGGCGAUAACUAUCCUGACGACUUGCUUUUGAGUCAAAGGGAGUCUGUCCGCUUCCUCUCUAUCUCUACAGAUGAUUUGUUCUCAUCUAGUUGGGAGGAAAUGGAUUCAUUUCAGUUCCCUAAGGUUGAGGCUUUACUUCUUAACAUCUCUUCAUCAAACUAUGCACUACCAGGCUUCAUUGCUACAAUGAAGAAACUCAAGGUUGUGAUUAUCAUAAAUCACGGUCCUGAUCCUGCAAAAUUGACCAACUUGUCGUGUCUCAACUCGUUACCUAAUCUGAAACGGAUCAGACUGGAGAAAGUUGAAAUCACUUUUCUGGACAUUCUCCAGUUGCAGCUUGGCAGACUGAAGAAGUUGUCUUUGGUUAUGUGUAGUUUCGGUGAGGUUUUCUAUGACACUGAUGAAACAGAUGCCUCUAAAGCCCUUCCUAGUUUACAGGAGAUUGACAUAGACUAUUGCUAUGAUCUUGAUGAGUUGCCGUAUUGGAUCUCUGAAGCCGUUUCGUGGGAGAAACUUAGCAUCACAAACUGUCAUAAGCUCUCUAUACUUCCUGAAGCUAUAGGCAACUUGAGUAAGUUAGAAUUGCUGAGGUUAUGUUCUUGUAUUAGUCUCUCUGAGCUACCCGAAACAACUGCGAGACUCAACAACCUGCAGUUUCUGGAUAUUUCUGAUUGCUUAGGAUUGAGAAAGUUGCCUCUAGAGAUAGGGAGACUGGAUAAGCUGAAGAAGAUCUCCAUGAACAAGUGUUGGAAAUGUGAACUGCCGGAUUCAGUGAGGAAUCUAGAGAAUCUGGAAGUGAAAUGCGAUGAAGAAACUGAGAUGGUCUUGUGGAAAGGUUUAGAGGAAAAAAUGAUAAACUUGAAUGUUCAAGUGGAGGAAACAGAGCACAACCUGAACUUGCUUCGACUGUUGUAAGUUGUGAGUGAAAAGAACACUGUCACUACCUUUUGUGUGCGUCUUGUAAUGUUGUUUAUUCGUCUCAUCAUGCUUCUGUUUUUACUAAUAAAACUUGUCUACAUUUACAUAUUUGAUUUUGAGUUUCCAUCCACUUUAGACAAUAAUUUAAACAGCUACAAAUGGCAGAAGAGGAAACAGUGGACGACCUCAACUGGCUUCACCUGUUGUAAAGUAUGUUUGAGUCUUGUGUGAUAUCUCUUGCAAGUUUGUGAGAAGAUUGGAAAAUAUAUAUUUAUAUAUAGAUAAUGAUAUUUUACAUUGCAUAUAUGUGUAUGUAAGAAGAAAAGACAGACAAACAAACAGACAAUGAGCCCAAUACAAAAAUAACAGAAACCAGAGGAUCAGACAUACUGGUCUUUGAAGAAAAGGCAUAAGGAGAAGAAGUGAGUGCUUUUGGUCAUAAAGAAGACAAAAAGAACAAUCUUUUUUCUAUCACAGAGCAUAAACUAUCUCUCCGCUACUAU